AUGGACAAGGUUGUAGUGUCUUUGGAUGGCCUCAAUCUUGAGUCAAAUGUCCCAAGCCUGGUGGUUGAUGGUAGCAACUCAUCUGCCGCCGCCCGAUCGCAGGCAGUCUUCAGCCGGGCUAGCGGCUCAGACGAUUCUCAAAAGGCUGAUUCCAGCUCAGAACUGGGCACCAAGCCUCCAAGUCUAGAUGGGAAAAGCAUAACUUCCGGCACUACUUUUGCACUUGACGAGAAAGAAUCUCUCCGUCCAGAUGACAGCGCUAGUGUUAAGGCUGCUGCAGAGGAUGACGAUUCUUUCUCGAUCCGGGGAUCUCUGAUUGCUGGCUCUCGGAUGAGUUCAGAUUUUGCCGCUAGAGCGAGGGGCAUUCAGCUGGGAGAUAUGCCAGAUCGGCGAUUGGCACAGCCAGUGGCCGGAGCUCACGGACAUGGCAUCCUUACACCCCAGAGCACAUCGUCUGAGCAACCUUCACAGAACCCAUUGAGAAGUGCAAGCGGCUCAUCAGAUGCCUUGAAUGUUAUUUACAGACAAGCUCCCGAUGAUAAACUCCUCGAAGCUUUGGCGGCUCCUAGAGACCGACUUUUCCUUCUAAGGUUGGAGAAAGAUGUUAUUGACUUUGUCCAAGAUUCCAAGCAACCAUACAUGGACCUUCCUCCAUCGAACUCGUUUUGUAGAAUGUUGACCCAUAAACUGGCUGACUACUACCACAUGACGCAUUCUUAUGAGCCCCAUAUUGGCUCUGUUCGUAUCUUCAGGACACCCUUUUGUCGAGUGCCACCCUCUCUAGCAACAAUGAUACCUCAAACAACUGUUUCGACUAGCAGCACCCCUCCGCCGGCAGUUCUCCCAAGGAAGAUUAUGCGUCGUGGACAAGACGAAGAGGGAGGUGGUGCCAGUGCUGGGGCUUCCAAGCCUACAUCUGAGAAUGGAAGCGAUUCCAAAGACAAACAGCCGCUAGCCAGUCAAAAGUUGUCCCGAGAAGAACGAGAAGAGAUGUACAAGCUGGCUAGACAGCGAAUUUUUGGAAGCUCUGAAGAUACUACAUCUGAGAUUGAAGGCGAAUAUGGCAUAUCCCGGACAAGCUCAGUCUCUGCCAACAACAGAUCAUCUACUAGCAAAAAAGCAAAGCCACCCAAACAGCGGCGUGACGAUACCGACGGUUUCGACUCCAGACGCCAGUACACGCCUUAUUGGGGGCCCCAACAGCAAACGUGGGUGUCUCAGCCACCUAGCCAGUUCAUCCCCCCGGCGAAUGGGCAGUUCACUCCGCAACCUGUUCCAUCUUACCCUGCUCAGGUGGCACCUAUGUAUGGUCAGCAACCUGGAUAUCCCGCUGUGCAAGGAAUGGUGUCGAAUCCAGGUCCUCCUUAUCCAACCCCACCUCAGCCCGUACAGCAACGAUACCCCCCGAAUGGGAGCCCAAUGACAGCUUACGGCUCGCCGAUUCUACCUGGCGCCCCUCCGCCAAACUGGCAAUCCGGUUUCAGUCCCGCUCCUUACCCGCCCCGAGGCCCUACUCCCAGCGGCCCUCAUUCACAGAGCGGUAUUCCGUACGCAUUUGGGCAACUACCUGCGAAUUCCAACCCUCACGACCCGAAGAGUCAGCAUCCAAUUCCAGGAAGCUAUAAUAGGAACCAUGCUUUCAACCCCAAGACUCAAUCUUUUGUGCCGGGAUCGAACGGCAUGCCACCGCCGAUGCAGCCGCUCCACCCGCCCUUCACGGCGCCGGGCUCUCACCACAGCAGCCCGCAGAUUGGGACUCCCCAUCUGGCCUAUGGUGGAUAUCCAUCGGUCAUGCCCCCUCAUCCGUAUGCCGGUGGAUACAACAUGGCUCGACAGGGAUCGAACAAUUCCAUUGCCGCAUACCACACUCCGCCCCCUCUUGUCGCGCCGCCCCACGUUCAGCACAUGCCGACAAUGCAAAGCCUGCAACAUAUACCACCACCCCAGCAUUUACCCCAGAGCCAGCAGGCUCAUGCUCUGGGACGAGCAAACAUACCCCAGGGACCGAAUCAAAUGUUUAGUAGUAGUCAUUUACCCACGUACGGUAAUCCUGCCUCGUUGCCGCAGAAGCCGGCCACUGGAAUUUAA